AUGUCACCGAGGACCCCUCCUCCUCUUCCUCCUCCUCUUCCUCUGGGAAUCAUCUUCUUCUGUGUUCUCACAGCUCAAGGAUCAUUCAGAGGUGGCGACAACGAGCCUGCUCCUGUCGUCCAUCUUUCUAAUGACGAUUACGAGUGGACCUCGUGGUACAAUGUAGACCACCCUGGAGGCCGUGGAGACUACGAACAGCUGGAUGCCAUUCGUUUCUAUUACCGCACCCGAGUGUGUGAGAGCCCAAGAGCAGUCGAAGCCAGAACCACAGAAUGGGUCUCAGCUCGAGAAACGGGGGAAGUGGUCCACGCAGACCCAACGGUGGGAUUCUGGUGCCUCAAUGCUGAGCAAAGUCCUGGACACAUCUGCUCUAAUUACGCAGUUCGUUUUCUUUGUCCUAAAGGUUUGGAUAAAAACUAACUUUUUAUAUAUACUACAGGUUCGGACGUUCAGGUAACCUGGGCUCUGUGGUCAGGCUGGAGCCCAUGUCCUGCCCUCUGUGGUCAAGUGGGUGUGCAGCUUCGCUAUCGAAGCUGCCAGUCUCAAUCGGCGUCUUGCAGUGGGUCUAAACUAGAAGGGAAACCUUGCAACGGGCCAGAGUGCAAACAGACCGACUGUUCCUUGCACUGUGUGAUGGGGAGAGUGAAUGCUGACUGCGAUGCUUGCAUGUGUGACGAGCACAUCCUUUUGGGUUCCGUGCGCAGAGCUGGAGGUCUGAUUGCUGAGGGGGCUGCCAUCCUUCGCUCGGGCAAACUCCUUACUAUAACAGACCACAACGGCCAUUUCCGCAUCCUUGGCGUCUGCCCUGACGGCAACACAACAUUAACAGUCAGCUUGCAGGGUCAUGCCGCCCUCAACGUGGUCGUGCCCAUCAGCGCUGAGCGCACCUCAGUUCUCAGUGUGCAGCUGAAAAGAGCCGAAAAGCUUCAUGUCAUAAGCAACCCUGAGAGCAAGGUCAGGAGGGAAGGACAAAGUACUGCUUUCUGCUGCAAGGUGGCUGGAACUCCGGAGCCUGACAAGUAUCAGUGGUUUCAUAACAACAGUCUUAUGGAAAUCCAUUCUGAAAGCACAUUGGUCCUAAAAGAUUUACGGUCUGAGCAGGCAGGGGAGUACUACUGCAGAGCAAGUGGUCCAUCUGGAGCUGUUAAGACUAAACCAGCUGUUCUCAGGAUCAUAGGUAGAGACGAGCAGCACACGUGUCACCCAGAGCCUAAAUCUCACCUCAUCCGUCUUCCCCACGACUGCUACCAAAACAGCACAAACUCCUUCUACCACAACGUGGGCAAAUGCCCCUUGAGUGCAUGUGCUGGACAGCUGGACAAUGGCAUCAGGUGCAAAGACAAAGUGGCUUACUGCUGUGGUGUGGCAAAGAUGGAGAAGAGGCAGCUAAUGUGCCAGGGCUACCAGCUGCCCACCAUGGUGGUGACAGAGUGUGGCUGUCAGAAAUGUGUGGACACCAAGGCCAUUGUACACGGCAGAGCUAUCGCUGCAGACAACGGUGAGCCAAUGAGGUUUGGUCAUAUCUUCAUGAAUGGAGUCAGAAUCAGCCGCACAGGCUACAAAGGCACCUUCUCCAUUCAGGUUCCCAAAGACGCUGAAAGGCUGGUGCUAACUUUUGUAGACAACAUGCAAAAAUUUGUCAACACUACAAAGGUACUUCCAUUUAACGCUAAAGGCGGGGCUGUUUAUCACGAGAUCAAACUUCUACGAAAAAAAGUUCCAGUGACCAUCAAUCCCUUGGAAACCAACACAUUGGAGCUUGGAGAUGAAGGAGGCCAGGAGGCAAUGGUCCAGAUCCAGAUUCCCCCCUAUUCUUUUUAUAAGGAAAAUGGAGAAGUAUUCACUGGUAACGUCAAUGCAAGUGUUACAUUUCUAGACCCCAGAGAUGUCUCCACAGCUGCUGCUGCUCCAAGUGAUCUCAAUUUCAUAGGAGAUGAAGGCGAUGUCCUGCCACUGAGAACCUAUGGCAUGUUUUCAGUUGAUUUUAGAGGUGAGGAAAACAAUGAACCCCUUAAUGCAGGUGAGGUAAAGGUGUUCCUGGAUUCUGCUCAGGUGAAGAUGUCUGAGCACCUCAACACCAUGAAGCUAUGGUCAUUGAACCCUGAAACCGGCUUGUGGGAGGAGGAAGGAAGUCUGCAUCUGGAGAAGAAAAAAAGAGGCAAACGAGAAGAGAGAACAUUUCUGAUUGGAAAUAUGGAGAUCAGAGAGAGACGUUUGUUUAACCUGGACGUGCCAGAGAACCGCAGGUGUUAUGUGAAAGUGAGAGCUUUUCGAAGUGAACGCUUUAUAAACAGCCAACAGGUAGAGGGAGUUGUAGUGAGCCUCAUAAACAUGGAACCAACGGCUGGUUUCUCCUCAAAUCCACGUGCCUGGGGUCGAUUUGAUAGUGUUGUCACUGGCCCAAGUGGAGCCUGUCUUCCUGCCUUUUGCGAUGAUCAAAAGCCUGAUGCCUAUAUUGCAUAUGUAAUGGCCAACCUUGGAGGGGAGGAACUGGAGGCUGUCUCGUCUGCUCCCAAACUCAAUCCAAGUCUUAUUGGAGUACCACAGCCUUACCUGGGAAAACUCAACUACAGGCGGACUGACCAUGAGGACUCCCAAGUGAAAAAGACUGCUUUCAGUAUCAAUGUGGCAAAACCAAGUCCCAAUGUAGCAGAGGAAGCAAAUGGGCCAGUGUACGCAUUUGAGAAUUUGAAAAAAUGUGAGGAGGCCCCAUUCAGUGCAGCUCACUUCCGGUUUUCACGAGUUGAAGGAGACGGUUACGAUUAUAACACGGUGCCAUUCAAUGAAGAUAACUCAAUGAGCUGGACAGAGAAUUACCUGAGUUGGUGGCCCAAACCUAUGGAAUAUAGGGCCUGCUACAUCAAGAUCAAGAUUAAAAGCCCAUAUGAAAUUAAUGUUCGCUCUCGCAACAUGGGUGGCACCCAUCCAAAGACUGUAGGCCAGCUUUAUGGCCUUAGAGACACUCGCAGCAUCCGUGACAUGGAUCAUGCAACCAUUUCAGCUGUGUGCCUGGAGUUCAAGUGCAGUGGGAUGCUGUACGAUCAGGAUCGUGUAGAUCGUACCCUGGUGAAAGUGAUCCCUCAGGGAAGUUGUAGGAGAGACAACGUAAACACAAUGCUUCAGGAUUAUCUAGUAAACCACCUGCCUCUGGCCGUCAAUAAUGACACCAAUGAGUUCACCAUGCUUGCACCUCUUGACCCUCUGGGCCAUAACUAUGGAAUCUAUACGGAGACAGAACAAGAUCCCCGAACUGCAAAGGAGAUUGCUCUUGGGCGCUGCUUUGAUGGCACCUCUGAUGGCACAUCUAGGGUCAUGAAGACCAGUGAGGGUGUAGCUCUGACUUUUACUUGUGGGGACCGUGAAGUGACACGCCAGAGUGUCUUUCAAGCUCUUCAAAGUUCUCAAAGUCAGAUAGUCACAAGUGUUGCAAGGGGAGAGAGCAGAAAGACUAGGCGCCGGCAGAGGGCCAACACGUCCCGCAGCAGCCGUAAACGCAGCACCAGAAAUCCUUGAGGAAGGCAAACACAAGUCUGAAGCUAAACACCCCAGUUAAAGGCUCGACACCAUUAGAACAUGUGG